UCCUCUUGCGACGCUCAUUUGUGUUUUCCUUUCCCCUUAACCAUUGCGUCGCGUGAGAGUUUGUAGCCUGCAAAACGCGUAUCCGCCGUCAUUCAUUUUACACGUUGAGUUGGUGCAUCUUUUCAUAUAUCUUACAAAAUGUGCCAGCAAUAUUGCCAUGGAUAAAAAGGAUAAAUCCGAGGGUAAAGCUUACUGUCUGAAGCAAAGCGACGCAUUGCCACUGCAGCUUAUUCUCUUCCAAGUGUGUGAGGUAACAACAGCAUAGUGAGGCAUGUCCCAGCUGGAUUUGCAUGCACAUCUUGAUUGCCAAGCUCUUUAACAAAGAACAAAGAGAAGAAAAAGGACGACACAGGAGCACGGCCACAGAUGCAGUCUCCCGACAGCCUGCAGUCAUGUCCAUUGAAUACACCAUUGAUAUCCAGCUAACUGAGUUGGGAUUUCCGACUGACACCCUACAUGUCCGGGACACUUCGGUUGGAGAAGCACCCAUCCGCUCCACAUCAUCUAAUGAGUCAUUACCACCCGGUCACCCUCCUAUUACUCGUUCAACCACACUCAAACAGAGGCUACUGGUCACGGGCCAUCAGUCUUACGAUGGGACAGACGCAGGUUCAGUCAAACAGACCUCAAGUUUUGAACAAAAUGCAGUGGAUUUAAUUCCACCUGUGUUAAACCUAACUCCUGCACAAAAUGCACAAGCUGAAGAAGAUGGAGGACUUCCUGAACAACCUGUGUCUCCUUCAGACCAUCUCCAUUCUGGACCAGAGCAGCCGAUAACUGAUCAGAAUCACAGUAAACAGCAAGUUGUUGAUAAUGGAAAGCCCGAGGGUUUGACAGAAGAGCAACAAGAUGAAGAGAAUGACUCUGAUAGUGAUGUUUCAGAAGUGUGUGAGGAAGAAGAGGAUGAGGAGGAAGAAGAUGAACUAAACAGUGACACGAGUCAGUCAGGUGACUUCAGCUGCAGCGUAUGCGGUCUCCAGCUGACUUCCAAAUUCAAACUUCAAGACCACAUGAAUCUGCACACCGGAGCCCGCCCCUACUGCUGUGCUGAAUGUGGAAAGCGCUUCUGCCAGAUUAGCAGCUACCGUGCCCAUCUGCGCACCCAUGCCCAGACCAGAGCGGAGAGCUUUCAGUGUCGUAUUUGUCGCAAGGGUUUCUCACACCAGGAGGAUUUGAAACAUCACUUGGCCAUUAAUCACUUUCAGGAUCAAUAUUACGAGUGUGACCUGUGCAAACGUGUGUUUGCUUCCUUAGAGGCGUGUGCAUAUCACGUGAAGCAGCGUGCAUGUAUGCAGAAAAUCGGAUGUGAUUUAUGUGGGCGCAGUUUCUCCUCUACAAAACAGCUUGUUCGCCACAGGAAGAAGACCUGCAAUCGCAAUUUCAGAUGCACUGAUUGCAAGGAGUCCUUUACCAAGAAGAAUGCUCUCCUGAAACACAGCUUCUCCCAUCUUGGUUUGUUGCCUUACACCUGCGUCCGAUGCCGCUGCCACUUCCGCCUGGCAAAACUGUACCUCCAACACAAGUGUGAACCUGAACGCAUUCACUGCGUGGCAUGUCUGCGGGAGUUUCUCAGUCAGAAGGACUUUGAGCAGCACAAAAAGGACACAGGCUGCUGGGGCAAUCAGGAGCCGAAAGGGGAUCAGAUCAGAUGUUUGCAGUGUGGACAGAGAUUUGACACUUCGGAAGAGCUAAAGCAACAUGCCGGGGCUCACCAGAGGGUGCUGAAAUGUGCUGAGUGUGGAAAGGGAUUCCGGUCGGCAUUGCUCUUAAUGUCCCACAUGGGUGGUCAUGCUGGAAACUCACCCUGCCUUUGUCAAAGCUGUGGACUAGGCUUUCCCCACCAGCAGAACUAUGACAGCCACCUUAAGACCUGUGGACAAGCACCUCAGCCUAAGAGUUCUGCCAAGAAACGCCCAGCCCCAGAGAGCUCUUCAUCCGAGACCACAAUGCCCGAGACAGUCAAUUCAAAUCCACACUCACCGACUCCAUUUCAAGAAGGCGAAAAAAAACUAAUGAAAAGGCGCACUUCAAGACCUAAGUCAUCAGGUCGUAAAACUACAAGAGCAACUGCUGAUGUUUCAGAAAGCUUUUUUGCAUCGGUGCAGGUGUCUCAUAACCCUGGACUUGUGCUUGAGGGUGUGUCUGCUGGUUCAAAUACAACAGAUGGAUUGUGGAAGCUAACUCUUGACAAACCUCUUCUUCCAGCUGCUGAACUUGUUUUGCUUCUUCCUGUCUGCGCAACACCAACCGAUGGCCUGCCGCUCCCCUCUUCGGAAACUCAAACACCUCCAGCUCCAGCUGUGAUAGUCCAGCCUCAAGUAGCUUUCCCGCUUGUUUCAAAUGAACACAUGGCAGUGGGUGCCAUUGGAAAGCCGCUGAAUGCCCCUAUGGAUUUGUUUAAAGAGAUUAAGAAGUUUCCAAAUUAUGUAGCACCAUUUGAUUUGUCGAAAAAGUCUGCUCUGAGUGCUGUCCCUCUCCUUUCUGUUAAAAAUGAGCCUGAAGAGUCUAAUAUCUCAGCAGAGGCUUAUAGCUUUCAAGGAUGUGCAUUGAAAAACAUAAAAAAUGAUACUUACACUGACGUGAAGAACUGCAAAAUGGACCCUUUGGAUCUGUCAACUUCCACUGGACUGAUAAUGGACAUUAAGAAGGAGACCUGAGAGACCCACUGCAAACGUGACAUAAUCGUAGUGUUGUAGUACUUGAGAUGGGUCUUGGUCUCGAGACAACUUUUUGAAUGUCUUGUCUUGGAAUUGAAAGAGAUUUUACUCAGUCUUGCCUUAUUCUCAGACUCGGCAGACUCCUGAUUUUUAUUUAAUACCGGCGGUCAAGACCACCACUGAUUGGCAAUUUUUCCACAUCAUUACUGUUUUUAGAAGGCAAACAACCCUUUCUUAAACAACAUUUGUAGUUUUUAUCCCCCCCCCCAGUUCACAGCUACAACCUUCCCGGUGUUUCGCUUUAAAAGUGUGACACGUCCCCUGCGCACACAAGGAGGAUUUUUCAUUGAUAUUUAUGGUCUUGUCUCGGUCUCAGUCUUGAUCCCUAAAAGUCUUGGUCCUUAAGCACUCUGGUCUCGGGUAUACUUGGUCUUGGUUACUGUGGUCUUGACUACAACACCACAUAAUCAGGCUUUCCUUCGUAAGCUGGUAGGACAAAAACUCAAUCAGAAAAAGGGGUUUUAAUGACAGGGUUACAACGGUUUCUUAAAACAGUGGACAUGACGCUUCAUUUCACUCAUCUUCCAAAUAAAGCUAUGGUGUUCCACCUUCCCUACUCAGGUAGCUAUGAAGAACAGCAAUUAUAAAAAUGAUAUUUUGCUGCAUGUAAGGCAAUAGAGGAAAAAUACAUUAAAUUUGUUCAAAUUUGUAAGUUAAUGUAUUUUACAUAAAGAAAUAAGAACAACUGGGUGGAGCGGACCAUUCCCUGAGGGACUGGAGGCCAAGAUGCAUGAGCGGGUAUAGGCGCAGCUCAGGAUGGUUAUGUUGGGACCAACGUUUCAUUUUUUAUUAUGAGUUAUUUGUACAUAUAAAUCUUUAUUUUGUUACACUUUUUAUUUGGAUUGAUUAUAUUUCUCUCGGUACUUCAUCCAUGUUCAGCUCAGACACAGUCCCAUAAUUAAAAAGAAGAAAACGACUCUAGCCUAAUCAGUUUUCUUAAUGCAAUACUUCCAUUGACAAAGGCAUUUGGCAGUAAUAUGGGACCAAGCAUCAUCAGUUAUUAGUUGUAUGGCUGAUCUGUUGUGUAAAAUUCUAGUGUGCUUGUUACCAGAAGCAUGCAAACAAACAGUGGGCCUAGUUGUUCAAGAUUGGUUGAACAAAAUUAGAAUGAUUUUGCCAUCAUAAAAGUAGUAUCCAUCUAAAUGUUUAAUGUAAUGGAAUUGAGGAACUUUUAGUUUGUGUGGAGUUUGGCUCUGUGGUGCAAAGUUUUUUUUGUGUAAUCCAUAAGGUUUUAAAGUCAGUACUCUAUCUGGAUAUGGUUGAUCCAAACCAGAGAUGUAUGUCGUAUGGAUUUACUUAUCACAGAUAGCAGAAAAGUGAAUUCCCAAGUCUAGAUCAUUUACUAGAUUACAUUUUUUGAACAACUGGGCCCUGAAUGCAGCAUCCUCUGUCGCAGUUUAGGUUUGCAGUAUAACUACCUUUUGGACUUGUCUGUUUGUCCACCGUUGUACUUCUUUAUGAUGAAGCUGUUUUUUUCCCACACUUUUUACAAUUAUAAAUUGACUUAACAGUUGACUGUGUGGCUUUUGGUUCUUGAGUGUGAACUUUUUUUAAAUAUAAAUUGUCCAAUGAAUACAUUCCAAGUUCCAGUUUCUGCUUUGUUUGCAUUUUGAUGAACGUUCGUAACUCACUGGAGCAAAAAUGUUUGUGAUGAUAGACGUCCUGUCCAUGCAAUAUUUCUCUCAGCAGGAUGUCUCUCAGCAACAUAUCCUUGGUUCCUUGGUUUUAUUUAUAUGUAUUAAGUUGACAGAAACACUGGAUUUAUGGUUAUACGGCUGUAAACAUGAUUGAUGGAUUAUUGUGUUCAUGCAAAUAAAGAUGGUGAUCAAUAACAUGACA